AUGUGUGGAGGACUGCUGUGUGGAGGACUGCUGUGUGGAGGACUGCUGUGUGGAGGACUGCUGUGUGUGGAGGACUGCUGUGUGGAGGACUGCUGUGUGGAUGACUGCUUCCUGGAGGACUGCUGCGUGGAGGACUGCUGUGUGGAGGACUGCUGCGUGGAGGACUGCUGUGUGGAGGACUGCUGUGACUGCUGUGUGGAGGACUGCUGUGUGGAGGACUGCUGUGUGGUGGACUGCUGCGUGGAGGACUGCUGCGUGGAGGACUGCUGCGUGGAUGACUGCUGUGUGGAGGACUGCUGUGUGGAUGACUGCUGUGUGGAGGACUGCUGCGUGGAUGACUGCUGUGUGGAGGACUGCUGUGUGGAUGACUGCUGUGUGGAGGACUGCUGUGUGGAGGACUGCUGUGUGGAGGACUGCUGUGUGGAGGACUGCUGUGUGUGGAGGACUGCUGUGUGGAGGACUGCUGUGUGGAUGACUGCUUCCUGGAGGACUGCUGAGUGGAGGACUGCUGUGUGGAGGACUGCUGCGUGGAGGACUGCUGUGUGGAGGACUGCUGUGUGUGGAGGACUGCUCUGUGGAGGGAGGACUGUUGUGUGUGGAGGACUGCUGUGUGGAGGACUGCUGUGUGGAGGACUGUUGUGUGUGGAGGACUGCUGUGUGGAGGACUGCUGUGUGGAGGACUGCUGUGUGGUGGACUGCUGCGUGGAGGACUGCUGCGUGGAGGACUGCUGCGUGGAUGACUGCUGUGUGGAGGACUGCUGUGUGGAUGACUGCUGUGUGGAGGACUGCUGCGUGGAUGACUGCUGUGUGGAGGACUGCUGUGUGGAUGACUGCUGUGUGGAUGACUGA